AUGGCUUCGGCUGCACUGGCACUCUUGCAUGCCCCGGGAUUCUCGACCAAUGAAGAGGCCAUCAAGCUUGUGCAAGAGCAGAUUGAAACAAUCCACUAUCAAGUCGACACGGGAACUAUCGUUGAUCUUUGCCGUGUGGCUCUUCAGACCAAGGCUCCAUCUCUCUGCUUACUUCUUUCACGCUUCUACCACGCAGAAUCGAGGAUAGGACUCGCUGCCUUUUUCGCCCUUCUUCCUGACCCGGCAGUGCUUUCCCUCACAGAGUCUGACCUCUACAGCCAGGAGAUCAUGACAUCUAUCGUCGAUUUUUAUAUAGCCUACCGUUCUGGGUUGGUCGCUGGCUCGCUAGCGUCUGUAAGGUAUACAGAGGACAGCACAACAGGGAAUCUGCGCCAAGUCAGCCAGCCCCAUGGGUCCUCCAGUGUCAAUUGUAGUGCACAUGGUAGCUCUGUGAUCUUUGGCAAGCAGUCUGCCACCGAUUUACUUGCGUCCAGGCAAAGUGUGCAUUUUGCCAAUAAGAACGCCACACUCUUUGGACUCGAUCAAAGUGGGUCUGUGCUUCUAGACGACCAGUCCAGAGCUGGUGCCGCGGGGUGCUCUUCUUCCACACUUAUUGGGAAGAGCGUCGUGGGCCAUUCCUCGCAAGCAGAUCGCAACCGUACACGCAUGUUGACCGACGACGAGUUUGUAAAAAUGUACAUCACUUCUAGGCCGACCACGACGUACCAAGAGCUUUGCACUAUCGGUAAUCCAGACAGCAUUGUUUUUAGUGAGCUUUUGCAUGCUGAUCUGAACAAGAUAACCGCGGUUAUCGAUGCAAUCAUCGAAGGAUCCAAGAUGCACUCUAAACUUAGCUUCCUAUUGCAGACACAGCACAUUGAGCCUACGCGAAAAGCCGAAAAUGUGACUAUUGAUUUGUCCUAUUUGCAGAUACCAGGGAUGCCUGACCUACAACCAACAGACAUUCAAACCAAUGCCGACAAUGACUUUGUUAUUCCGCGGCUCUCUGAAUUGACCAGCGUCACUGCAACUCCUUUUAUCCGGCAACUACCCCUUGACACCUUGCGGACGAUGGAGAAGGAUGCUCACUUUAUAACUGAUUUUGCCUUUUGCUCUAGUAUUUUGUGUGCUGUUGGAGACGAAUACAAAAGAAGAUGCUUGUUCGAAGACGCAGCCCGCUGCUAUGCACAGAACAGCAAUCUUGAGCCAUUGGCAACGCUGUUUUUGGAUAUGAUAAAGCUUAUAUCUGAGCCAUCUGGCGCCGCCUCUACUGUUUCUGUUCCUGCACCAGAAAACAAGGUGCGCAACAUAAUCAUCUCUCAUACCAUACAGCUGGCGUUCCAAGUAUUUCAGGACUUGCCCGGCGCUAUGCUAGACAAUCUCAUUUCGAUGCUGAAGGAGGAAAGCAUCCCAACGCCCUUCGGCUCUGCAUUUCUCGGCUCUCUCAAAAACCAUAUCUUAACAGGAAAAUGCCAGAGCUCUCUUUACAAAACCGUUUUUGCUGAAAAGACUAAUACGCGGAUCGACCGCAACAUCCUCCUCAAAAUCCAGCAAAACAUCCACAGGUCCUCUUCGGACUCGUUUAUAAUCACUACCGCCUUCUUUAUGGCCAGUCUUAUGCAUGCGCAGCUAGGGCACUCGCUACAAUCAACAAAGGACCCCUCUGUCAAUCUUUCGACAUGGGAUAAAUUUGGGCGUAUAUCUUACGAGGGGAUAAUCUUCCGGGGUGUAACAAUGCCUGGUGACGUGGGUGUCUACAAUAAAUACUACUCUGUCAUGAAGGCUGGAAACCUCACUGCCGACAUUGAUGGGUAUGCCUGCGGCGGUAUGCUCCUUGGCCUAGGCAUCAUGACCUCAGAGAUGCCUUCAGUUGACGGAUUUUCCUCGUACACCCUUUUGAACGCAGCUGAGCCGAUCCUCUCCAAUCCUGGAAGGUACAUGCUGCUUUUUGAUGAGAACGGGAUGCUCGCCCCCCGCCCUUCAAUGUCGGUUCAGGGCUAUGAGGCCUUUGUUUUCGGAUAUGCCGUCUCAGCAGGGCUCAUGUGCUUGGGGACUAGCAACGAGAAGCUCACUACCCGCCUGAAGUCACUCUUGACUUCUCCAGCUGCGUCUCACCCUGACGCAAUCUAUGGUAUAUUGUUUGGCUUGGGCCUAAUUCACUUAGGUGAUCCUCUAUUUCUCAAAGCAUUCAAUUUCAAUGAGUUCUACAUUUCCAAGUUUGGAAUGGGCAUGACAACGUCAAAGACAACGAUCACAGUAACGGAUGAGCCUCCUAAACUUUAUACAGACCUUGCGGCGACCGUUCUUGAGUUUCUUGUGUCCAAACAUGAAAAGGUGCGGACAGGUGCCGCAAUGUGCAUUGCUCUUUGCUGCUACUGUAUUGACGCUCAGGCCAACCAAGCCAUAGAGUUUCUUCUGGACUUUGAGCCGCGGAUUCAGACUUCGCAUCUCACGUCGAACAAGCUUUGUGAUGGCAUUCAGAAAGCGGGGCCAAUCGCCCUGGGCCUGGCAUAUGCUCAUACUAACUCCCUCGAGGUGGCGACCCAGCUUGUCAGCAUAGCUUCUCGCUCCACGGUGGAUGAGGUGAGCUAUCACGGACUGGUAAUGAUAGCCUUUGUGCUCUCCUCCCAGCGUAGCUUUGCUAAUGAGCUCCUCAUCCUCGCUGCCAAGUCUCACCGGGUUGCAUGCAGACAGGGUGCAGCUCUGGCAUUGGGGUAUAUUAACGCGGGAACAUGGGACCCAGUUGUCGUUAAGGAGUUGCGCGAUUUGAUGAGCGACCAAGUUGAGGCCGUGCGCACGCACGCCAUUAUUGCACAGGCGUUGGUCUUGCAGACGUGCAGCGCCCCGACGCUUCCUGAGAAGAUUAAAAUUGAGUCGGAUGCUCCAUUAGGAGAUAGGCAGAAGAAUGUUAUCUAUAAACAGGACCAUGAUCCCACGUUCAUUAGAAAGGUCGCGGCUUUAAACAAGCUUCGACAUAUUCCAGGAAGAGUCCAAGACCGAUCCCGCGAAUUUGCUGCUUUUGAAACCUCACUGGCUGCCAAGCCAGAGAAUAUAUCUUCUCAAGAAAACGCUGAUUCAGAACAGGACACGGCAAAGAAGGAAAAGCGAUCGGAGAAACACACCAACGAGGCAAACGAGGCUGCAAGGAAGCUCUUCAACGACAAAACUAAUACAGAUGCUGGCAUAGUGCAGAGUCGAGAGUUUGCCAAGAAGGUUGAGGAGCAGUUGGAGAGAGGCUUCACCCUUGAAGAUUACUGCUCCCAGUUUCGCGCUGACCUUCUGGGAUCUUUCACAGAGCAUAACUUUAUCGAUCUGUUUGCAACGGAUCUUGGUCUACGCGCGUGCGCGAUUGCACUGGGCCUCUUGAACUGUGGGGGAAUGAAUUCGAGCUUCUCCAUUCUUACCCCAGCAGGCCUCCCGAAGACCACUGCCACAAUAGGAGCGCUCUUAUUUGCAGAAUCACACAUGUGGCAUCCGUUUUCUCCCUGUAUUGCCAUGUGCCUCGCACGCGACAUCUGUAUAACGGUCACUCCAUCCGUCGAUGAAGCAGGACAGCUGACCAUGGAGAUAGCCGAGGGCAUUCUCUUGAUAGAUAAGGCGCACGACUAUCCUUAUCCGGACCUGUCAGUGGAGAGGACAGCCACAAUGUGGGACAAGUACGUUAAAAAUGCCAAGCUUUCUCUGGGUACAGCGAGACGACAUGUCAGCGAGAUUGACACAGAAGGUACAGAGAUAUCGAACUUCUCUUAUGUGAGGAAGGCGAGUCGAACGGCUACUCAGCGCUUUUUGCACGAGGCUAUGAAUGCAAAUCUAGGGGAUGUCGUGGUAGACGAUACUGUUAAAAAAGAGAGUGAGCAGAAGCUUCACUCUAACGAAGGAGCUUACAGCAUCUUGCAAACGCCGUGUCGUAUACUUAAGAGACAGGUGGAGCAUGUGAUAAUCCCAGAGAAUAGCGAUUUAGUACCCAUAUCCUCAAUGUCCCAAGGAAUCGUUGUUAUGUGUGAAAUCGUCGAUCUCUGA